AUGGCUGAUUUAGACGAUUUCUUUGCAAAGAAAGAUCGCAAAAAGUCGAAAUCGGUCAAAAAGUUUGCAACUACCGAUGAAUUAGCCAAGAAAUUGGAAGAUACUAAAAAAUCUGAUACACGGCCGAAAAAAGAGCGACCUGCGCAAGAAGGGGAUGAACCUGGCAGAGCUGGGGAGGAAGAGGAAUGGAAAGAGUAUGAAGAGCCAGUGAAAGACUACACAGGUCUGAAGAUCCAGGUCCUGCAAGGCAGUAUGGCACCAGAGUCUAGAGAUUCAUCUGCUGAAGACACUGCACCUGAUAGCGGUAAAAUCAAGGGCCCUUGGAACAAACCAGUUGAAGUGGAACAACCGCCUCCACCACCUCCAGUUGAGGAGAAGCCUCGAGAGGUCAAAACAUCAAACAUCUAUGUUCCACCAGCUCCGCGAACUCGUGAAGUAGAACCUAUGCGGCGGAAUCAGGCUAAGCACGCGCCCGACAUCCACAACGACGAUUACUUCCCGGUGCUCGGCGCGAGCGGGAAGCGCGGCGGCGGCUGGAGCACGGCCGGCGGCGGCGCCCCGCAGAGGGCGGGCAGCGCGCAGCAGCCGCUCGCGCUCGGCAACCGAUUCACUUCGCUGCAGAACGACAGC